AUGUGGACCCUAACAUACACUUUAUAUGUAUAUCAAUGCGCGAACAUUGUAAACGUUAACUUUCCUAAUUGUAGGUACUUCAAGGCGGGGAGCCCAUCUCGGAACUGGAUCAUCAAUCCCAAGGCGAACAGAGGCUUGCCUCCUCACUAUCCCAGCCGCAGGGGAUCCGUCACACCCAUUUCCUCCCUAGCCCUCAGCAGCGCACCAGCUACGCCCAAUCGAUCGCGCAGUUUAGAUGGUCUACUCGAUUCCGAAUCGAUGAAAUCCGACGAAAAAGCAAUUCCGUCCGAAGCAGCUGCAGACAGCUGCACCAAUUUCGAUUUUCCCGACAAGGAAGCACAGACUGACACGCACACCAAUCUCAACAAAGUCAAAGCUCACAGCGUGGACGAUGUCCUUGACAGUUCGAUCGAACUGGACAAACAUUCGAUCCGGAGUAAUUCUAGUGAAGCGAAAAGAAAGCAAAAUUUCAUGGAUAGGUGUGUUAACAAAGUUCGAUCUCUUAUCAGAAAAUAAUACACUACGGCAGCCUAAUAUUAUAGAGAGACUUUGAUAUUGUAUAUUUGUUACGUUUUGACAAUUAGUUGUUAUAAAAGUGAUAUAUUUGUUAAUUAGUUUAUUCGUUUAUGGCAACUAAAUUACUUAGUACAAAAACGUGUGCUUUUCUACAGGAUUUGUAAAGCCUUUUGAAACGUGUGAUUACAAAGCAGCCUUGUAAACGUAACUAUACGUUGUCUAUUUUAUGAAAAGUAUUUUUCUUAAUGUAAGUUUGCUAUGUCCAUUCGACCAAACUUAUACCGACUAUUUUAAAUGUGUUUUAACAUGAAAAUUUACUCAUUAUAGUUAUUGUAAUUUAUAUUUAAAUACCACUUGCUUAACUUUUUUAAGUAAGAUACACAAAACGUAUAUAUUUAAUAUAAUAUUUGUUUUCAAUAACUUUACGUUUUUACUAAAUAAAUUACAAAUUAUCUCUUUACUAUUUAAUUUGUAAAAUUAUGUGUGAUCGUUGUAUGAUUACUUUAUUUCAAUCAUAUUUUAUUCAGACUAUUGGUGUUUUAAAGUUAUUGAAAAUAAAUAAUAAAGCAUCAUUUAGUAUAGAUUACUUUUGUUGUAAUCGUUUUUAAUGGUGUUGUUUUUACAUUUUUAACAUUUUAUUCAUGGUAAGUUAAGUAGUAGAUAUAAAUUAUUUUUUUUUAUUUUAUGUUAAAUUUAAAAAUAUAUUUUAUCAAAACUA